CCCCGCCUCCUCCUCCACCACCGCCAACACCACCUCACUAUCAUCUUCCCGGCGUGGGAGGUGGUGGGCGCCAUGACCCCCGAGAGUGUGGAGGCUGGCCAAGUGGCCAAGUUGACCUGUGAGACGUCAUCAAGCGUGCCACCCUCCACCGUCACCUGGCACUCUGGCCCUCAUACUCUGGACGACCCCUCCGUCAGGCACUCCCCGGGGCUCUUCCGUGGCACCAUCACCAGGUCAGAGGUCAAGAUGAGGUUAGAGGCUGAGGACAACGCCCGGACGGUGACCUGUGAGGCUAACAAUGGUCUAGGAGUCACUGUCACCACCAAUAUCACCUUAAACAUCCUACACGGGCCGGUGUGGUUGAGGGUACCGAAUGGGAGGAUGGAUGUGCUGGAGGGUGACGAACUGACCAUCACAGCCAAAGCCGCCGCCAACCCCGGCCCUGUCACGUACAGCUGGUGGCGGGGGAGUGAAGAGGUGGGCGGGAAGGAGGGUAAAGACGGGGAGCUGAAACUCGGGGUCCUUCGUCGUCAGCAGACCCACAACUACACCGUCACCGCCCACAGUCCCCGAGGAACUCUUACUUCUGCCUUCUUCCUCAAUGUUCUGUACGGACCGGAAGAUCUGAUGACGAAGGAACAGGUUGUGGUGGAAAAUGGAGGCUCGACCACCAUCCUCUGCUCUGCUGUUGGCAACCCCUCACCUAACAUCACCUGGUCUAGGAACGCUGACAACACCAGCAGUGUGUUGGCGUGGGGCAUUGGAGAGGCGCGCUUGGUGAUGGAGUUAGCAUCAAGGGGUGACACUGGCACCUACUACUGCUACGCCUUCAGCACUGUCGCCUCCAUCCCUCCCGUCUCCUCUACUCUUAUUGUUCAACAGGCGCCUUGGUGGAGGAACGACAUUCCUGACGAAGUUCUGGGAGGCUCGUGGGCGGCGGUGGGUGGUAGUGGGCGGGUGGAGUGUCGUGUGAGGGCAGCUCCACCGCCCACCUUCCACUGGGCGACCCAAGAUGGACGAGAGAUUACGUCUGGGCAUAAGUACACCGUGGAAAAACCCCAGGUACUGUGUCACCCCCAGGUACUGUGUCACCCCAGCCAUGACAUGUCUCGGCUGCUGUCUGACGGGGUGGUGGAGUGGAGGUCGGUGUUGGAGGUGAGGGGGGUGACGGCCCGGGACUACACUCACUACACCUGCACGGCCACCAACCCCCUGGGGAAACACUCCUCCCUUCUGGCCCUCACCCCGCCCCUACCUCCCGCAACACCCCUACACCUCACAGUAGGCAACGUGACCAGUGGCCAGGUGUGGCUGUACUGGAAACCCAACCUGUCCCGCAGUGUUCCCUCGGGGUACAUCGUCAGGUACUGGAAGACCGGAGACACUGAAUACCAGUUUGUAAACGUGUCUGGAGGGGAGAGGACGGCAGCAGUGGUGGAGGAGCUGGCAGGCGGCACCAAGUACUCCCUAACCUUACAGGCGUACAACCUGCAGGGCCGCUCUCCCCACACCUCUCCCCCACUCACUGCUGUCACCCUCGGUGUAGCAGAGAGUGCCAGCAGCAGCACUGAUGGGGACGGCAGGUCGAGGGUGCCACGACUCAUUCUGCUCAUCAUGACGCUGGCAGGGACCGCCCUCCUCGCUCUCAACAUGGCCAUCAUCGCCUGCUUCGUCCGACGCCGCGCCGCCCACAACACCCGGGGCGUGUCAGCUUCCUCGAGCAAAACGACGACCCUGGAGGUGUUCAGUCCAGCCACCACCCCGGGGGGCACCACCCAGGGGGACGAGCUGCCUCUCACCACCACCACCACCACUGACCUCACCAGCACCCUCGGGGGACAGAGAAUAGAGUGUCAGACAACUACGAACGACUCAGAGCAGACGAGCCUCUUCCGUGGUGAGGUGGGAGGCACUCCUGUCUUAAGCCCAGUUGACGACCUAUUGUCUAACACCAACUUUAAAGGCAGGACCAGGAGUCAACAGAACGGUCGAGUCCUGACACAGAACGGUGGCCACAAUGUUCAGAAGUACCGGGACGACAGUUCUUACUAUUACUCCCCCAUACCACAAAACAGUUCUAUCUCCGGUGACGACGGGGCCACAAGGCUCACCGGCAACCCUCCUGACGUAUGUCCCACCACCUCUGACAGCAGAGGAACCCUCAUCCGCAGGCACCAGCAGCCACAGCAGCGAGGCACUACGACAACCUGCCCAACAGAGCUCCCGGAAGGGCCUGUCACUCAGCACGUCACCGCACACACCCACCAGCCAUUCCAUUCCUCCUCCACCAACAAAGAGAACGUGUCCAGACAGUCACCUGGCGACAAAUGCCAUGAACACCAUCCUAACAACCAUCAUCAACAACAAAUUCAAAAACGAUCUUCUCCGCGAGGUGUGGAGAGGCAGGAAGCACCAAGCCAGCAGGAACAGCAGUUGGACCCGUACUCGUAUCCUCACUUUGACGUUGCUGCCACUGCCACAGGAGUGCCGGGCGGCUACGCCACUGUUGGGUCCCGCAAACACCGCCACACAGCGGCAACAUUCUCCACUCUGCAACGUCCAGGAACCUCGCGACCCCACUCCAUCCCUGUAGGGACAGCUCAGCAGACGCCCCCUGGGCUACAGAAGGCCACCCUUCCCCAGGGGCGCCACAGUCGCCAGCAGCCUCACCAAGACUCCACGGGUCACCAGCAACUAUCGCGGGCUGGUGGUGGUGGAGGCAGCAGCACGGGGGCAGGCCAGGACGACAGCGGGUCCUCAGGCUACGGUGGCAGCCCUCACCAGGAAAUGAGUGUCCCCAGCAGUGUUGGUACGACUACUGUUACCUUGGGGGAGAGCGGUUCACUCCUUCCCCAUAUGGCCGCUGUCAUCUCUUUGCCACCCAACACUUCCAGCACCACACUCAGUAGACCUCGGCCGUCCUCCCAAGACGGCGCCAGGAAGACCAAACCUGAGUUGUCUAUGUUGCUCACUAGAGAUCCUCACAGUGGCGGCGUGAACAAGUAAACAGUUAGUGUUCAUAUGUGAAGAUAAACAUUAAACUAAGGAAUUACAAGCAUAGAUCUCGGACUUUAUCCUGAAGUUGCUAACCUGUAAGUGAGUCAGUGAGUGAUUUAGUCAGUCCAAACGGAGGAUUCUACACACAUUCCAUACAUUCAUUAAUUCGCUCUCACACACUCCUUGAUAGUGGUUCAGUGACCCAAACUGACCUGUGUUAGAAAAUUAGGGUCAUGAUCAAGGUGGCGAGGCCAGUGCUCUUCCUCGUCCUACAGUUGACAUUCCCUAAGUAAUCCAGUAUUCUAUCUAGUAAUUUUCUUGAUAUUAUAAUAAAAUGUAUCAAAUACUUUUGCCUGUUCAGCCAUCGUCACCAACCACAGCAAUGUCACUAUAGUGAUUUUGAUGCUUCACACAGCCUCAGUGUUGGUGAUGCUUCACACAGCCUCAGUAUUGGUGAUGCUUCACACAGCCUCAGUGUUGGUGAUGCUUCACACAGCCUCAGUGUUGGUGAUGCUUCAUGCAGCCUUAGUAUUGGUGAUGCUUCACACAGCCUCAGUAUUGGUGAUGCUUCAACUGUGACAUCAACCUUGGUGUCCAGACGGCUGGCAGGGGUCACAUACUGUCUAGGAACAAGGAUUGUGACGGUGAUCACCUCUUAAAUAAGAUCAACACUACACUCUCCAGGUGACCUCAGCUCCUCUAGGUUAUACUGUAAGUCUAUUGAAUGAGAUGUGAGUUAACGUGGGCCGAGGAGACAGGUGUGGUGGUGAGCAGAGGCGAGACUCACAGCUGAAACAAUCGUAGGAAUUUAGAUUCUGUGUGGUAAGUUUUUGGAAAAGACUCAGAGCUUCACAUUAAUUGUUCUUCAAUGAUGAACAUGUGUUAUGAGAUACUUAUUUUUAUAUAUGGGACUGUUGUGUGUACAAAUAAAACUUGU